AUGAUGGAGAAACAAGAAAUGAUGAUUAACAACGAUGUGGAUAAUUCUAUUAUGUUACUGCAGCCAGAUAAUGAAAGUAUAUGCGAGUCUGCAGAGACAAAAGAAACUAAAAUGUUUGCGCAGCCGACAGAAAUGUCCAUUACUUCUUUGGAUAACAUCAAGUAUGCAAAUGAGAACAACUUGGAAACACAGUACAUAGAUGAGCAGGAGACAGAGCAGGUUGAAGAGGACGAAUGCUACACCAUAAACGAAGAAAUCUGCGAGGACGAGAGUCUUAUAGAGGGCGAAAAAGAGCCACUCUAUGAGUGCCCUGUGGAGCAGCCAAAGAAGGAAGAGAAAGCUCAGCCAUUCCGCCUAGAAAACAUGGCUUCGCAGAAAAGCGCGCUGCAGAUUACUGAGGAGUACAUGAGCUCUCUUUCCCUUGUCCAGCAGAACAUCAUUAGAAUGGAGAUGGAGAUCUCUCGGCAGACACAAGCUGCAAGAGACCAGUGGGUUCCAAAGAGAGAGAUACUUAAGGAGGAUUUUAUAUACGUUCCAAUUAAAGGCGGUCUAUGGGUUAAGUCAGAGCCAAAGGCAGUAGAGAAGAAGCAAGGGUUCUUUAGAAAGCUAUUCGGAUGCUUAAACCCAUUUUCAACAAGCGCGUAA